GAGGAUGGAUACUCCACAGUACAUGUCAUUUGACCUUUGAAAACAAUAACCAGCUCUGUGAAGAUACAAGUGGUUCUUCAAUUAUUUUACUUAGUACUUCACAGUAUACUUAAUUUGGUUAAUAUGGUAAAUUAGAAUGAGAGUAAUCUCUUCUCACCGUCUUUCUAUAUCAACCUUCCGCCACUUCUCUUCUCAUGCGGCGGCGCGUGUAGACCACCUGCCACAAUCCAUUCACGCGCCCACAAAUUCUCCUAGUCACUUACAUACCAAGAAACCCGAACUUUUAAUUUCAUUAAUCAAAUCAACUUCUACAAAGUCCCAUUUACUACAAAUCCAUGCCCAUCUCAUCCACAGCUCUCUUUUUCAAGAUCCAAAUUUUUUUUCAGCUUUCUUAUUUCGUAUUGCUCUCUCACCAUUACAUGAUUCAACUUAUGCUUGUCGGGUGUUUUCAAGAUUUAGAAAACCCAAUGUUUUCCAGUAUAACAUUAUGAUUAGAGCUUAUGGAAUGAGUGAUUCACCUGGAAAUGGUUUUAAGUUAUAUCAAGAAAUGUUAAGGUCUGGUGUGUUGACGAAUUCAUUAACAUCUUCGUUUGUUACAAAUUGUUGUAUAAAGAUUGGGUCUUUAUUUUGUGGGUUACAGAUUCAUGCUCGAAUUUUGAGAUAUGGGCAUCAAUCUGAUGGACGGUUGAUGACUACAUUAAUGGAUUUUUAUUCAAGUAAUGAGAAGUAUAGUGAAGUUUGUAAAGUGUUCGACGAAAUGUCUCAAAGAGAUACAGUAGCUUGGAAUGUGUUGAUUUCUUGCUACAUGCGUGACAGACGAACUAGGGAUGCUUUGGGUGUGUUUGAGAUGAUGCGAAGCUCGUGUGAGUUCCAACCGGAUGAUGUUACUUGUUUGUUGUUACUUCAGGCUUGCGCAAAUUUGAAUGCAUUGGCAUUUGGUGAGGGAGUUCAUAGGUAUUGUGAAGAGCAUGGGUUUGACAAGGCGAUGAAUAUUUGUAAUGCGCUUCUAACUAUGUAUUCGCGGUGUGGUUGCGUUGAAAAGGCUUUUGAGGUGUUUAAGGGAAUGGGUAAGAAAGAUGUAGUGUCGUGGAGUGCGAUGAUAUCGGGGUUGGCAAGCAACGGUUAUGGAAGGGAUGCAAUUGAGGCAUUUCGAGAGAUGCAAAGAGUAGGUGUUUUCCCUGAUGAUCAGACUUUCACCGGGGUUCUUAAUGCUUGCAGUCACUCUGGAUUACUUGAUGAGGGUAGGAUGUUUUUCAAUAGUAUGAGCGAAGAGUUUGGGAUUCCACCAAAUAUUCAUCAUUACGGGUGUGUGGUUGAUCUAAUGGGUCGUGCUGGUCUAGUUAAUGAAGCUUACAACCUUAUAAAUUCGAUGAAGGUCAAACCAGAUGCAACAAUAUGGAGGACGUUAUUAGGAGCUUGUAGAAUUCAUCGCGAAGCUGACCUAGGAGAACAAGUCAUUGAGCAUUUGAUUGAACUUAAAGCACAAGAAGCUGGGGAUUAUGUACUGCUGUUGAAUAUUUAUUCAUCGCUUGGUGAUUGGGAUAAGGUAAUAAACGUGAGAAAAAUGAUGAAGGAAAAGGGAAUCCAAACCAACCCUGCUUGUAGUACUAUUGAGUUCAGAGGGGAAAUACAUGAAUUCGUUGCAAAUGACUUUUCGCAUCCAAGAAAGACUGAAAUUUAUGAGAUGUUGGAAGAGAUCAAUCAGCAAUUAAGGAUAGCAGGAUACGUUGCUGAGGCAAUGUCAGAGUUGCACAAUGUGGGUGUGGAAGAGAAGCAGGUUGCAUUAUCUUAUCACAGUGAGAAAUUGGCUAUUGCUUUUGGAGUUCUAUCAACUCCACCUGGCACGUCUAUAAGAGUUGCAAAAGAUCUCCGAAUUUGUGUUGACUGCCAUAAUUUUGCCAAGAUGUUGUCAGCAGUCUAUAAUCGGGAAGUUGUUAUUAGAGAUCGUAACCGUUUCCAUCAUUUCAGAGAAGGUCGAUGCUCUUGCAAUGACUAUUGGUAAUUGCAAAAUGUUUAAAGGACUCAUAAAGAUUAUCUUUUGGACGGAUGAUGAGAAUGAUGUUGAAUGUCGUAUUGGACAGAACCACACGAUAAUAUCAGUUUCGCAUUAAUCAUGCAUCACGAGAUCUCUCUUACGGGAAAGGAAGAAUCCCAUUGUGCAGAGAAAAACUCUAGUGGCGGAAUUUCCCUGUGGUUAUGGACUGAACUGAACGAGAUUCAAGCUGGGAAAAUUGUUGAAUUUGCCAAAAGGAAAAUGGUGACUGUAAAAGGGUUGCGAUCAAAUGAAUGAUUUCAACCAAAAAAGCAACUUUGAGAAGAAAUUAUGUAACCAAAAUCCCCACAAAGGCAACCACACCACACCGCGCCAAAUCUCGUGUCUUCUAAUCUUAUUGGAGACUUAAGUUCCCUGGAAUUUUAGAUGUGUUGCUUAUGUUAAAAAGCUGAAAUCAGUCCCUCCUAUUAACCAAUGAUGAUUUCUUUUUUCAUAAAUGAAGCAGCAUAUUACUCUACGCA